AUGGCAAUUAACCUUCAAAAUUAUUUAUCAUCUCAAAAUCUGGCCCCACUAAUUGUCUAUAAUCGUACAUUUUCCAAAACCCAAGCUGCAACCGAAGUUGGAGCAAUUGCUGCUAAAGAUUUGAAACAAGUAGUAGAAUGUGCUAACAUCAUUUUCACUUCACUCGCCAACGAUGAUGCUGUCAACCAAACCUUCGAGGCGCUAUUAGAGGAAUUGGACCAAAUUAAUGGAGACAAGAGAAAGGUAAUUUUUGUGGAAACAAGCACAGUUUAUCCGACCACCAUCGUUAAGAUCAAAGAGAAAGUUGAGAGCGUGGAGAACCGGUAUUUGCUGCAUUGUCCUGUUUUGGGACCUCCUGCAGCUGCAAAAGCGGCUCAAUUGAUAGUUGUGACCUCUGGAAAUCGAAAUGAGGUUGAACACGUGACCAAAGUAUUGGUGCCCGCAAUCGGAAAGAAAACCAUUCCUUUAGGUGAUGAUGUAAAGAAAGCGGCUUCGUUUAAACUAACGGUAAACUUCUUCAUUGGAAAUGUGUUGGAAGCAUUAUCUGAAGGGAUGACUUUGGCGGAAAAAAACGAUAUCGAACAGGAAAAACUUAUGGAGGCUAUCAGUUCGAUUUUUCCCAACAGUCCUUACGUUGGUUAUGGAACAAAAAUGUUGAAAAAGAAUUUCAAAAAUGACAUUGGGUUUAAUAUUAACAAUGCGUUGAAAGAUGUGGGUCAUAUAAAAAAAUUAGCUGAAGAUUCGGGCACACAUCUACCGACAAUAGACUUAUUUCACAAACACCUGAGUCAUGCAAAAGAACGUGUGCCAGAUGGUAAUCAAGAUUGGAGCUGUGUUAUCGGUUCGGUGAGAGCUGCUUCAGGAUUGCCAUUUACCGACGAGGAAGUUGAAAAGUAA